AUGCUCCAGUUACCAACAGAGCUCAUUCAGCUCAUUCUCCUGCAUUGUGAAACUCCAGAUUUUUUCCAGGCUGCUCGAACAUGUCGUCGCUUACGUGACAUCGCCCACAACAGCCGAGAAGUCAUACUUCAUCGAUUGUACCACACUCCUGGGUUUUUCGAUCAUGAACUCAAUACCCUCACUACGAGGAAUCUCUACAUCACACUCAAGGCCCGGUCAAAUAGCCUGUUAGAUGGGGUCGAGUACCGGGCUGACUUGACAUCCUAUGGCUUCCCCAAAGUCCUGGACAAUCGUGCAUCGGCCUUUGAGUCAACCAGAGAGAGCACUCGGGCAUUGCUGGUCUUCAAAAAGGACAGCACAGUCUAUCUGGUGAAGAUGCAGGAUGGGAAGUUGAUUCGAGAAGCGAAAUGGAGAUCCCCCGGACAGGACACGGGAGAGGUCGAAAUCUUCCAGACGGCCUUUGAUGGACUCCAUGGCAUCUACGUGCUCCAUCGACACAAGCCAUUCCCAGAUCAAGAGCUGGACCCCCACCAUCCAUUUGUUCAGCAAGCUGCCGAGUCGGCCAUCAACGGAGGCAUCUACCUGGCCUACCAUGACUUGGACACAGAAGAAACAACAGUGCGCAUGUCCGCUUUCCCUGAUCACCAGGGAUACACCCCGCUAGCACUAUCGGUGAUGGGGAAAAAGUUUGCCAUCUCCUGGCAAAAUACACAAGAUCCCGAGGACCACCCCGUCGUUCUGUAUGAGUUGAACGAUGAUGAGAGCGAUAGUGACGAUACGAGUGACGACGAGAGCGAGGAUGAAGAUACGGAAAUGCAGCAAGAUGACAAAAUCACCUAUGCUUCUUACCGCAGAUACGAUCUUGGCAGACCCCAAUUAGGGCCGGCAGUGAGGUUGACAUUCAAUGACCGGGGCUACCAGCUACUGUGCCACUGCCGGGGUCAAACUCUGCAUGGCUCCUACAGAGUACUCUGGGAUAUCUAUCGACGAGGCUCAGACAGGUCAUAUCUUGCCAAUCGAUGCAAUGUCACGUUCGAAUGCAAUGUCACGUUCGAAUGCAAUGUCACGUUCCAAUACAGACCCAGUCACACACCAAGUCUCAGUCUCUCCUUCACCAUCGGCAUCCCAUUCUUCGCUACCCAUGAAAGGGGCGACCUUGCCCAUGGAAUCUCUUGUCAUUGGCAGUACCUCGCGUUUGGAACGGCAACGCAUCGAGUCGAGAACUGGACCGUGGCAUGUCUGCUGAGAUCCGAGGCGUUUACUCGCCGGCGAUGUACCCAUGUCCUCAAUCUAGACCGGGGAAGACGCUUUGACACUUGGAAGGUCAUGGCGCAGCUCGGCGGGUUUGAGCAAUCGACAACCUCGCAAGGAUCCCAAGUGGCUGCGUCACGAUGUGGGACUCGAAUCGCCGUUGCGAAUUGGAAUACCCUCUAUGUCUGGGCUCUGAACCCUGUCGAAUUGCUUGAUACUGAAAGCGAGUUCUACCCACCGUCAUGGAUGUCAUCUUCAUCCUCAGAAACCCCUCUACUCCGACCUGUGAUCCUCCAACUAGGAGCAGUCUGUUCCCAGCUGCGAUUUACUGAAAAGGAAUCUGAACUGAUUGCAAUCACGGAUCGUGGAGUGAUGCAUAUCAACCUCAACUCCAGUGGCCCGGGCAAACGAAACAACCUAUCUGGACAGGAGAUCAUAUGUAGCGAGAAGCAGAAUUGA